CUUGGGGUUCUGUCACGGUUUCGGCGGUGCCAAGCUCACUGGUCUCCUCCCCCUCCCAGCGAGAGUGAUCGCCAGAGAGGCUCCCUCAGCCCUCCUCCACGGAGUCCACAGUGGGGCGCGGGUGUCCAGCGGCGGCGGCGAGCCCGUGGGCAGUGGGGGUUGGUCCCGUGGCUCCGGCCCCCAGUGCAGAAUGGCGACGGCGGUUCGGAUGAACAUCCAGUUGCUGCUUGAGGCGGCCGACUACCUGGAGCGGCGGGAGAGAGAAGCUGAACAUGGUUAUGCCUCCAUGUUACCAUACAAUAGCAAGGACAGAGAUGCCUUAAAACGGAGGAACAAAUCCAAGAAGAAUAACAGCAGUAGCAGAUCAACUCACAAUGAAAUGGAGAAAAAUAGGCGGGCCCAUCUUCGUUUGUGCCUGGAGAAGUUGAAGGGGCUAGUACCGCUGGGGCCUGAAUCAAGUCGACACACUACGUUGAGUUUAUUAACAAAAGCCAAAUUGCACAUAAAGAAACUUGAAGAUUGCGACAGAAAAGCCAUUCACCAAAUAGACCAGCUUCAGCGAGAGCAGCGGCACCUGAAAAGGCAACUGGAGAAGCUGGGCAUUGAGAGGAUACGGAUGGACAGCAUUGGCUCCACGGUCUCCUCGGAGCGCUCGGACUCGGACAGGGAAGAAAUUGACGUUGACGUUGAAAGCACAGACUAUCUCACCGGGGAUGUGGACUGGAGCAGCAGCAGCGUGAGUGAUUCUGAUGAGCGGAGCAGCAUGCAGAGCCUGGGCAGCGACGAGGGCUACUCCAGCUCCAGCAUCAAGAGAAUAAAACUCCAGGACAAUCACAAGACGUGUCUCGGUCUAUAAGAGAUAGUGGUCGCUGUGGCUGCCUCCUUGAUGGUUCUCCCUGUUGGAUCUUAUUAGGUAGUGUAUUGGACCUUCCCACAAUCCCCUUGCACGUAAAUUUCAGUGUACCACCUUUAUCAAAAUCAGCUUUGUAAAACUUCCAAAGGAAGUGCUUAGGAUUGUGGGUUUCUGAAUGCAUCUUCUAGCUUCACC